UUUAAAAUAACAUAACAUACCCUUGGAGAUAGAUUUAUUCAAACGUGUUGCACUGCCAUCCCUCAUUGAGGCUAAUGUAUAUACAAAAAAUGAGGAAAUUAAUAAAAAAAUGUAUGUUUCCUUAAGCCAUCUGGAAAAACAGGCCGCAAGGACCAUGAGUAAAUAAUAUCAGUUGUACUUUACCAUUUCAGAAUGAUUUUGCAGUCGGCAGUAGUUGACCGACACAUGAGCCAUAUGCCGUUUGCCCCUGCUAUAAAGAUAGGUAGGACUAUUAGAGUCAACUUACUCACAAGUGAAAUAUCCUCUGUGGGUGAAUGGAUUAAAGCUGAGCCUGAAGUGAACUGUGGAUGCAGAGGCUGCUCCAACUUACAGCCUACAGUCUGAAGCAGGUCAUUUUGAAUGCAGUGUCUCUGGCUUACGCUGGGUUUGUAAGGAAAAGGUCAGCUUCAGGUACCAGUUUGGCUCUUGGGAGGAACACAUGGAGAGGCUGGAAACCAUGCACUACAUCCCUGCAGGCCCCCUACUGGACAUUACAGUAAUUGCUGGAAAGUUAGACCAAGCUUAUCUGCCACACUGGAUCUGCACAGAAGACAACCCUACAAUUUUAGGCAAGUUUGCAGUCCUGCACAUAGAUGCCUGUGGAGACGUUGUGGAACCAGUGUCUGAGGUCACACCAUCCCAUGUAAAGUUGUCCCAGCCAAUUUUCUCUCCAAGAGGAGUCCUGAUGAGAGCUGGGUUUCGAGUGAAAAUUAACUGUAAAGUGUUAAUAUACAAGACCAACAAAGCAUUCCUAACACUACAUGUUUAUCUGAUCCCUCGUGAUCCCGGUCUACAACAGACAAUAAAAAACAAGGAAUUAUCCAGUGGAUACAAAAUAAUCCAAAAGCCAUACCCAGAGAAGUCCCUGAAAAUGCGCGAACGUUAUAUCCUCACAGCCGAUAUGGACCAUGCAGAAAUUUACCCUGAGAAAUUAAAGCUAAUAUACGAAGGCGGUGACCCAAACUUCUUUGAAGUGUUCAUUGAAAAUCCCGACAGUCAUUUCCAGCUCACACUCAGACAUGAAUCUGAAACAGUAUGGACCUGUGCAAUUAGAAAAGAUGACUAUAAUGAUACUGGCGAUAUUCAGGUGAUUUACGAUAAGGAGCUUGCCAGACUGAGGCCUAAACUUGUAGAGAAAGUGUCCAACGUACUGAUUAAACAGCUGCUGGAUGAUCUUUUAGAGGAUGGUGUCUUGAAUGAUGGGGAGAAAGACUCAAUACUUCAGGAGAGCUGUACCAGUGCAGACAGGGCGCGCUGCCUCAUUGACAUGGUUAGGAAGAAAGGACGCGAAGCCAGCAGGAAGAUAUUUACUCGCCUUCAAAGCAGAGACCCUACACUCUCCGCUGAGCUGGGGCUGCCCUCUGGCCUACUUGUCUAGCCAGGUUAGGUCUGACUCAGCAGAGCUGGCCAAUGAUAGUGAGUUACUGAGGACUUGAUCUUAUUUAUAUUUCAGUACCUGCAAAGUGCCUGAGCUAAAGGGACCUUUAUUAUCUUAUUGUUUGACAUCAAAUUUUUAAAGUGUGGAGCACAGAGAAAUAUAGUUUUGAACAGUGAUCUGAUAGCAGCGAUACUUCAUCUUGGUGUUCCUGCACUGUUCAAGGAGGAGUAAAAUCCACACUCAUCCCUGCUCCUAAUUCAUUAUGCACUGAAAGCCACAUUAAGUGUUUAACAGGUUUCAUUUUUAUUGUUAAUAUGUUUAAUCAACUCGCAGCACUCGAUCAAAGCUUCACUAAUUAAUAUUUUUUGUAUUACAAAUUGGUAAAGUAAUGUGAAAGGGGUGUCUUGAUAUCGAGUUUCCAGCUUGAUCUAAGAUGAAGGGUAUAUUGCAUAGUUUUAAGCACAUAUUCAUUAAAAUGUAUUGUAAAUUUGUACAGUAGUUGCUUUUAUUUUUAUUCCUCUUACUGUCCUACUACACACAUGUUCCCUUCUCUAAGAAUGAAGCACUGAUUUGUGUGCCGUAAAUUAGUAGUAGUAGUACCUUAAAUUUAUUUGAAUUUGUUUUCAAUAACAUACUCUUG